GAUCGGGGCCGAGCGGGUCCGAGCCGAGCCGAGUUGAGCGGGGCCGAGCCGGGGGCAGCCGAGCGGGGCCGAGGGGAGCCGAGCGGGGCGGACCGGGGCGCAGCGGGGCCCGGCCGCGCCGCGUCCUCUCGUGGGAUUAGCGGCCCGGCGGGGGGGCCCUCCUCCCCGUCGCCCAGGUCACCGAAGCCCCGCGGCGCUCGAGCCCCCGGUGCCUCCCCCCGCGAGCCCAUGGCGCUGGUGAAGAGCGGCUGGCUUUGGCGGCAGAGCUCCAUCCUGCGCCGCUGGAAGAGGAACUGGUUCGUGCUCUACCUGGACGGCGGCUUGGUUUACUACCACGACGAGAGCCAGCGCGACAUGGAGGGCAGGAUCCACGUGAGGCACGGCUGCCGGGAGGUGCGCGCCGGCCGCGAGUGCCGAGCGCCGCAGCCCCCCGAGGGGAAGAGCCGCGACUGCCUGCUGGCCCUGGUGCUGCGCGACGGCUCUGCCACCACGCUGUGCGCCGAGAGCGAGGACGACGCCGUCGCCUGGAAGGUGGCCGUGCUGGAGGCGAGAGCCACCCCGGUGCACGUGUACGACCCCUACGACGACGACUACUACCAGACCGUGCCGCUCGACUCCCACCAGGCCGCCUACGUCAGCUCCGGCUAUUACGGCAACCAGUACGGAGCCGCCGGCGCGCCGCGCCUCGUCGUCCGCGAGGAUCCCUACCGCGUCUCCGGCGACCAGAUGGCCCUGGGGCUGCUGGCCGGCGCUGCCACCGGCGCCGCCCUGGGCUCCUUCAUGUGGAUGCCCUGCUGGUUUUAGGGAGCAGCCUCCGCCCCGCCACAUCGCCCGCCCGCGCUUCGGCCACCCGAAAGCACCCAAAACACCCACCCCCAUCCCUGUCCCCAUCCCCAUCCUCACCCGCCUUCAGCCUUCCUCCUCCUCCUCCUCGCAUCGCCGCCGCUGCUGCCGCCGCCGCCCCCUUCACGCGAACCGCGCUGAAUUUGGAGGAAAACAUAAAUAAAUUAAUUAAUAAAAAGGCUCUCACACGGCUCGUAGAGGUGGUGCUUCCCCAGCCCGCGCGAAACACUCGCUCAGCGGUUUCCCCACCGCUCUUAAACCCCGGGGGCCUCACGCUGCCGCCCGGUCCCGGCGCCAAGAGAGGAGGCCCAGAGCUUUCCAAUGAGACAGGUAUUUAUUUAGUUCAAGCGCUAAGGAUUUCUUUUUUUUUGUCGCCGUUUCAUAUCACCAAACAGAGCUGAGGUACCAGUGACAUUCCCACAUGAAGAAAAGGAACCUUUUUCCCCUUAUACAAUUUCUCCAACGACUUGUAUCAAGACAAAAAGUGAGUAAUGGGCAGCCGCGUAAUGCACUGUACAACCAUCAAGCCGGAGUGGGGAGGAGAAAAGAAACAGAGCAGAAACCUUUACUGUUUUCAAAGUCACCUUAAAAGAAAGGAAAAAAAACAAAAAAAUCCCUGUUCCCAUGGUUCUACUGGCCAUGUUGAUGGAGCAAAAUAAAAAUAAAACCCAAAGCUGGCUAGAGAGGUGGCACGAGGAACCGUGGUACAAAAAUUAGGCUGUUGCUCCUGUGCUCGCUUGGGAGGUCUCUUCUCCGGAGACCUGGGAAGCACCAGGAGAAGAUUGAGUCCUGGAGUCACGUUGCAUAUUGACUGUAGGGAGCAUCAAGAUAUAUUAAACAUAUAUGUUUAAUAUAUAAACGUAUUAUUAAACACACCUGGCCAUCCAGGACCUUCUUGGGACAUAGAUGCCAAACAGCUCGCCCUUGUUCCUGCAGCCACGGUCUGUGCACAGGACUCGUGGUCCCCUUCUGGACCUCUUCUAGAGGACGUUAUGACAGGCUCAUCUAACAAACCUGCUCCCGGACAGGUAGCUGCUUUCCAAAAGCAGCUCCCAGGAGAAGCAGUGGAGCUGCUCAUCCACCUAAAGCCUUACACAAUAGCCAGCUCCUUGCAAAUCCAACGUUUCAAGCUUGUAACUGUGAGGAACAGUGGGCUUUGGUGCGUUAGUCAUAUAGCUUAAAAAGUACAAGUUUGUGGAAAAUAGCCAAAUGAUGCCCAACAUGAGUUGCAUGAAGAACGAGAGGGAAAAAAAAAAAAUCAACCCCAAAAAGCAGCAAGAUGAACCGUUUUUGCACAAUUAGGAACAGUAUGAUACAGGAAAAGCAGCCAGGUUUCCUUCCCCCCGAGAGUUUCUUUUAAAUAAAGAAUGAUCCUUCGUCACAUAUCAUUGAUGUUUAUUUCAAGACAUGCCACGUCAAAAAAACUCGCCUUUAAUAUUGCAUUAUAAAAGCACUUUACAUCUCAUCCUGCCUUUAAGUUAUCGGUGUGCAGAGUUGCUACGAGCCCAGGUUAGGACGCGAGUUUGACCUUCAUCCCGAGAAUGAAGAAACCCCAAUCUUUCACGCCCGUUUCCUGGUGAAAGUGGUGGUGAGGACGAUUCCCUCUCUUCCCCGGUCGGUUAUUUUUAGGUGGUAGAGGGGCGGAAGAGAGCAAAGGAGGAGCCUGGAUGUUUGCUUGCAAUUGUGCAUUAAGUAGCAAUCGCAACAGACUCACAGAUUCUUUCCUGCACUGUAACUCAGCCGUAUGCGCCCAGCAAACAAUGUAUUUACAGUUGUGUUUAUUAACUUACACAGCAACUUCACAAUGACUAGUAAAGAUUAAAAGGGUGCACUUCUAGUGUGUUCGAUCCCGUGUUUCUUGGGUAGCUACGUCUCGCAACAUCAGCAAAGCUCUAAACAGAUUCCUCCGCAAAACAAAAUUACUGAAAAUAGUAAAAAAAAAAAAAUAA